ACGCCUUCCUGCUCGUCAGAGCUGACAGUUGAGAAACACAGAAAAAAAGUUGUUGAAGUUCACUUCGCUCGGACAUUAAGCGACGAGUGACGCCGCCGAACACUGACCUCCGUCGGUAUGAUUGUACUCACGAUCAUCGCUCGUGUGUCGGACGGACUCCCGCUGUCUGCGUCCGUGCAGGAGGAUGAACAGUCUGGGAGAGACCUGCAGCAUUACCAGAGCCAGGCCAAGCAGCUGUGCCGCAGACUGAACGCCCAGAGUCCCGACCGCUGUACCCUGGAGGCUGGAGAUAUGAACUUUCACUACUUAAUAGCACAGGGUGUGUGCUACUUGUCCCUCUGUGAGGCUUCAUUCCCAAAGAAGAUAGCUUUCGCCUACCUCGAAGACCUCCACAACGAGUUCUAUGACCAGUAUGGAAGAAAAGUGCCCACAGUAACAAGGCCAUACUCUUUCAUUGAGUUUGACACAUACAUCCAAAAAACUAAGAAGAUGUACGCGGACAGCAGAGCCAGGAGGAACCUGGGCAGCAUCAACACAGAGCUACAGGAUGUGCAGAGAAUCAUGGUGGCGAAUAUUGAGGAAGUUCUGCAAAGAGGAGAAGCUCUGUCUGCUCUGGACACAAAAGCCAGUAAUCUUACCACCCUGUCGAAGAAGUACCGCAGCGAUGCAAAAUACCUCAACACUCGCUCCGCAUAUGCAAAGGUGGCUGCUGUGACAGUGUUCUUCCUCACACUCGUCAUCUACGUGCGUUUCUGGUGGCUCUGAUGGACUCGAACAAGGACUCUGAUGUUAGGAAGGAGGUGUCUCUCAGUGAAAACUUAGCAUUAAAACAGAUCCUGUUACUUUUGUUAAAUAGCAGGUGCCUUAAAGGUCGGUUAAUGAUGAGGGUAAAUGUUCUUUGCUUUAUUCAGCUCUGAGUUGAAUGUUGGCACAUAUAGUGUAAACUGAGCCACUGGGCUGUGCUGGGACUUGUCUGUGUGUAAGCAAAUGCUUCUUGGUGAGCUCAUGCAACUGUUGACUGGAAUAUUAAGACAGGGUGUUGACAAAUAGAUGUUUACAUGUUGGUUUAGGAUUCAGAAUUAGAAAAACCAUAAACACGAAGAUGCAGAGGUAUCGUGAACAGUCUUAAUAUUUUGAUAUAAGAAAGUUUAUUGUUCAUAAAGUGUACAUUGUAACAAAGAUUAAAUAUUUAUCAAAGAA